AAAAAAGAAAGAAAGAAAAAAAAAUGGGACGUUCAAAUUAAAGUUUUGUUUUUGACAGUUUACGAAUAUAAAUAUUUUGGUGAUUUGACUAUUUAUUGGACACUAUGACUCGCGGGAAAGCCAUAGAUCGUAAUCGCCUUAUAGAGAAGACGAAUCAAGAAGAAAUGCUAGAGACGAUAGCAUAUCCCUUGCAGAUGAAUGCUGGAAAGAGGGAAACUACCAAAGAAAAAAUUUCAAAGAGAAUCAUCAAAUGUUUUUUUACCAUAUGCAGUGUCAUACUUUUUUUGAUUGGUGCAGUGUCCAUUUGCAUUGGAAUAUGGCCUCUGGUGGAUAAAAAACCCAUGGUCGUUCUUGCAACGGCACCAUCAGAUCAUGAGUUCCAGCUUGGCGCCUCAGUGGGUCUUUUAACUGCAGCCAUAACGCUGAUAUCCUGUGGAAGUAUUCUCAUCUUAAUGGGAUUCGUUGGCUGCUGUGGGGUCUAUUUGGAGAUCAAGUGGUUACUCUGUUUAUAUGUCAACAUGUUAAUGUUUUUACUGGCUGGACAGGCAGUAGCAGUCGCACUUCUCGUAUUGAAUAGGGACAAGAUUGAAACGGACUUGAAGGAGAAUCUGGUGAAGAACCUGAAAAAUCACUAUGGGCUGACAGACACAACUGAGUUCAGUGCAGCAAUGGACUGGGCACAAGUCAAUUUCUACUGCUGUGGGAUAAGCAACUACACAGAAUAUGAAAUGACCAAGUGGUGGAAUGACAAAAAUAAUAGAUCAGUUUCUCUGUCAGUUCCUGAGACAUGCUGCAUUCUCGACAACAGGGAAAAGUUCUUCUCGGAGAAUGUAGCUACUCCAAAAGACCCAAACUGUACAGAAAAGCCAAAUUUUAUCAAUUCCUAUAUUGGUUCACCGUGCUUUGCUGAGAUCAAAAAGUGGUUGCUUGAUCGAGUGGGGAUUAUCAUGGCAGUUGCAUACUCUAUUGUCGCCUUUCAGGUUUUUAUCAUUACCAUUCCACAUGUUGCAUGCUGUCAGAGAUAUAGCACCGCAGUUUUUCGGAAUCCUCUUGGCUUGCUGUGCUAUGCAUCAGAUUGGCAAACAGCCCAACUAACAAGAACUUUAUUGGAAAACCAAAAAGCACUUAAAGAUUCUAGUAGCUAGAGACGGAGACUUUAACGUGAUGGCAACGUCCCACAAAUUACUUGUGUGUGACAUCAGAGGCCGAGUCGAGACUAAAUGUUUUAUAAGCACAGGUCUACUUGUUACACAUUACCUGUGGCUGAUAACAAACCAUUGUCAUUUAAAGGGACUUUGUCACACUUUCGAUAAUUUAACAACAAAAUGGCUUUAUUUAAGGCAGUGACGCCAGUUAUUAAGCAGUGUAAAAUACUUUUGGCUAUUAAAGCUUUUAUUUUACUGCUCGAUGACAAUGCAAUGUACUUACAACUUCUUGCUUCAGUUAUUAACUUUUAAAAAUCCAAAUAAAUGUCUUUGGUAAACAUAAUUUCUUUUCAACAUUACCUGUCCUCAACAGUACAGUAGAAGAAUUUUAGGCCAUCCCAUUGUCUGUUGAGUUGUUCGGAUGGGGGGGGGGGGGGGGGGGUGCGCACUAGUUUAGGACAGUUAAUGUAUCUAUAAAAGAGAAAACACUCCCAAGUUUUCUCCAGUUUGUAGUAACUCUAAAACUGAACAUUUUCUUUUCAAAAGUUUGAUUGCCGACAGCUGUUGAUCAGUUUGAAAACUGAUGAGCCACUUUUGUUUAACCUUUUAGAAAUGUGUAGCAACCUUUGAAACCAACUGAAAUAUAAUAUUGAAAAUGCAGUUCCCUGUGAAAUGCAUUUUCUAAGAAACACAAAAGGUGUAUUAUGUGAGUGAAAUGUUAUGGUUCUUAUGAUGUCUUAUUGACACCAAAUGGCUGAUAUGUUUUUCAUGCUGGGGUGUUGUUAAAAAUUCAUUCAUUCAUUCAUUCAUUAUUAAGAUGAUGUGCUUUUGAAAUUUUUUAUAUUUUUAAUAAAUAGUUUUAGAUAAUUUUAACAUUUUUGAAAAUGGCAUGCACAUUUCCAGGGUUGUUACUUUUUGCCCACCCAGAUUAUUCAUGCCAACUUAAAAGUGAACAGAAACAACUUAAUUUUAUAUUUGAUAAAUUGUCCAAAUGUAUAUAGUCAUGUCUCGUAUAUUGGUGUUUCUGCAGAUUUGGUGCACUCAGUCUUGUAAAUAUUCACAUACAGCAAGUUGUUGUUUCACCAGUGUUUUAUAGCAAACUAAAGGUCAUUUGAUUUUUGAACAGUUAAUCCAAAGGUGAAAACAAAUCACAAGCAUCAGAUAUUGUCACGUAUACAGUUAGAAAUCUAAAAUGAUUUGUGUAUAAAUCUAACAUGAUUGACAGUGUAAAUCGAAUAUGAUCUGACGGUGUAACUCUCAGAUAUGAUUUAACAGUGUAAAUCUGACAUCAUCUGACCGUGUGUAUUUAACAUUAUUUCACAGUGUAAAUCGAAUAUGAUCUGACAGUGUAACUCAGAUAUGAUUUAACAGUGUAAAUCUGACAUCAUCUGACUGUGUGUAUUUAACAUUAUUUCACAGUGUAAAUCUAACAUGAUCUGACAAUGUGAUCUAUAUAACCAUGAUCUGACUGUAAAUUUAAUGAUAUGACAGUGUAUAAUCUAACAUGAUUUCACAGUGUAAUAAUGUCUAACAUGAUUGACCAUGCAAAUGUAACAUGAUCUAACUGUAAAUUUAAUACACUGGUUUAGCCAGAGGUGGGACCAUGCCCCAUCCCCAGUCCCCAGUGACCCCCCCC